UGAUGAAAUGAAUCCCAAAUACAAUAUGAUUGAUAUGUUGAGCGCUGAGAACGCGGCCCUCAAGACUGAGUUAGAUCUCUAUUACAAGAAAGUUCUUAAACUUCAAAAAAUCAGCGACUCCUUAGACGACGGAGAACUCAAAAAAGAAAUUGGAAAAAGAGAUGUUCUCAUCGCACAACUGCUCUCUCAAAACAAAGAACUUCUGAAUGAGAAAGAAAGACAAGAAAUUGAAUUACAGGCACAGAGAUUGACACUUCAGGAGCAGCGCAAUCAUAUCGACAUUUUGGAC